AUGGCUGCCGCCUUAGUCGGCGAAUUCGCCUUGAAGUGGCUCUUCGAGACUUACUUUCCGCUGCACGCGGAGUUCACGGAGCGGCCGCAGCCGCUGCUCCAGUACAGCCGCUUCUGGCAGUGCAGCUGCGACUACCGCGCCUGGGCGAAGAUCAUCCUGCGCUGCCUCCUCUGCGGCGCGGUCCCGCCGCACCGGCGCUUCGAGGUCCGCUUUCAGCUGCAGCGCGCGGGGCGCCUGGCGGGCGUUUGCGAGGAGAUCGAGACGCGCGACGUGCUGCGCGCCAGCUGGAUCCUGGACCGCCCCGUGGUGCCCGCCAGCUGGGGGCUGGGGUUUCCUGGUGGGGGAGAGACCGACGAGUACCUCCACCUGGUCGACGCCACGCUGCCCGAGCGGCCCGCUGACGCUCCUGGGCUGCCGCUCGAGGGCGAGGCUCCUGAUAUCUCGCCGCGGAGUCUGCAGGAUGCGAGGGAGUACAUGGAAGCUUUGGUGGAUCAGCACCUGAAGGGUGGCGUCUGGGACCUUGGGUCCGAUUCCGACGAAGACGAGGACUAG